UCCAGGCAGCAGUCAGAGCUGGGAAGUGAAUAUGAGGUUGCCCUUUUGCUAAUAUGCAGUAGUAUUCAGUAGAAUUAUUCAGAAGCCAGCGCAACUGUCAAGGUGGAUUCAGAAGGGAAGAUGAAAACCUCCUGGAACCGUGCGUUCGUGUUUUACUCUCUCCAUCUCUUUGUGUGGAUCUAUGCGUUUCCACUAUUAAAGCUUGGCAGCGAGAGGUGUUAUCUCUAGCACUGAGCCCAGCUUUGAAAGGAAAUUUCAAGACUCUAAAUCUGCCUGUCAGCCUCUGAUGAGCCUCUGAUUAAAUGAUAAAGCAAGGAAAGGAGGACACCCAGGUGAAUCAAGGAAAAACUUGUAGAAGAAAAUUCAUACAAGCUCUGCUUUUUUUGGACUCUGGUUUUUAAAAGAUUUAGAUUUUUCUUUUAUUCAUAUCUUUGUACUGGACUUGUAUUUUAUCUGCAGUGAUUGCACAUUUUCUCACACCAGCUGAGGCAGAGAUGCGGUAAUGUUGUGCUUGGAUUUGGACUUCCUUUGAGAGGAUUUUGUUUUCACCUGAUCAGCAGUCCUUCACUCUUUGAAUGCAUUCUGAUUUGCUCUCCCACCUUUCUGCCCCUCUUUAUUUUUUUUACUGAACAUUGUGAGCUGGUCAGUCACCUCAGCGACUGGGCAGUGAGUUCUAACAGAGGCACAGUGGGUGUGAGGUUGGAUUCGGAGUAGUUGCGUUCGACAGACUGAAUUGUCUUGCGCUCUGCAGAGGAUCUUCAGACUUCUGACCUCCGGUUUAUUUAGCCAGAGGAGAGUUUAAUUAAAGCCAGCCAAAAGCCAGGAUGCAGGUGUCAUUAGUGUGCACGGACCAUCGUGGGGGGGUGAGCCGCAACACGGAGGACCGGCUAAACCGACAGAAUGCCAACAGCCCCAACACAGGCACCCGCAGCAAGUUCAGAGCAGUGGCAAUGGUGGCCCGCAGUCUGGGACAGCUCUCUGUUCAGAGUGUGCCUUCCUCCAGCGAGCAAAGCAUGAAGACUGGCAUGAAGUAUAGGAACCUUGGGAAGUCGGGCCUGCGGGUGUCCUGCCUUGGAUUAGGAACAUGGGUGACGUUCGGCGGACAGAUAACGGAUGAGAUGGCAGAGCAGCUGAUGACUCUGGCCUAUGAAAAUGGCAUCAAUCUGUUUGACACAGCGGAGGUCUACGCUGCUGGGAAGGCAGAGGUGGUGCUCGGAAACAUCAUAAAGAAGAAAGGAUGGAGACGUUCAAGUCUGGUGAUAACGACAAAGAUCUUCUGGGGCGGAAAAGCGGAGACUGAAAGAGGUUUAUCCCGAAAACACAUUAUAGAAGGUUUAAAAGCCUCUCUAGAAAGACUGCAGUUAGACUAUGUGGAUGUGGUUUUUGCGAACAGACCGGACCCUAAUACACCUAUGGAAGAAACGGUCAGAGCAAUGACCCAUGUGAUAAACCAAGGCAUGGCCAUGUACUGGGGAACAUCCCGCUGGAGCCCGAUGGAGAUAAUGGAAGCGUACUCUGUGGCGCGUCAAUUCAACCAGAUUCCUCCCAUCUGUGAGCAGGCUGAGUACCACAUGUUCCAGAGAGAGAAAGUGGAAGUGCAGCUACCUGAGCUCUUCCACAAGAUAGGUGUGGGGGCCAUGACGUGGUCACCACUGGCCUGUGGGAUCAUCUCAGGGAAAUACGACGGCAGGGUGCCUCCCUACUCUCGGGCCUCUCUGAAGGGUUACCAGUGGUUGAAGGACAAGAUCUUGAGCGAGGAGGGCCGGCGUCAGCAGGCGAAGUUGAAAGAGCUGCAGGCAAUCGCGGAGCGGCUGGGCUGCACUCUGCCCCAACUCGCCAUCGCGUGGUGCCUACGGAACGAGGGGGUGAGCUCUGUCCUUUUAGGGGCGUCCAACACCGACCAGCUGAUGGAGAACAUAGGAGCAAUACAGGUUCUUCCGAAGUUGUCGUCGUCCAUCACACACGAGGUGGACAGCAUCCUGGGGAACAAGCCGUACAGUAAAAAGGACUACCGCUCCUAACGCGCAGUGCGGCCCCGCCCGGCAGGGCUGCACCCGGGCUGCAGCCGCAGCGCCCCACCUUUGCCUGAUCCUCUGUUUGCUUGAGCUUUUACUGAGUGAGACCCUGGCGCAUGAGUCUGGCCACACCAAGGCCACCCAGGGCACCUCAUUUAGAGUCACGGGGAUAAGAUAAGAAAAAAUAGUCACCAGGAAAAGGAAGGGAUUGACAAAGAAAGACGUAAGUGGAAGAGAGGUUAGGGAUAUGCGCUCAUACUUAAAUCAGUUAUACAUUCAAUUCAGCGUAUUUUAAAUCCGUAGACAAAAAUAUCUUUUAAAUAAAAAAAAAAAUAAGCACACGCUUGCUUGGCAGCCAGAUUUUUUUGUUUGUUUUUUUUUUCUGCUUUUUUUUUUCUAAAACUGAAUGCAACUAAAAGGAAGAUUAAGUUCAUACUGUAUGAAUAUACGCGAACUACUCUGUUGCACAUGUACCAUAGCCAUGCAUUUGUUCCUUGGACGUUCUGUUUACAAACACGUGUGUACUGUACCGAGUCCGUCAAGGUUUCUCUGAAAAACUGUUUGUUUGUGUUGUCGACAUAUAUCGGUGUACGAGCCCUCUCGUGGGCUUUAACAAUCAGCACUUUAGUAUUGUCAGUAUAGGUGUUGGAGGGUAGUUUAAAGGAGGGGAGAGGAUGGGUAUUACAAUAGUCUUAUCUCACAGCCAUUGCACUAUAGAAUCAUAUCUCCUGAUAAUUCCCUCUCCUCGUCCUCCCUCUGUGUCUUCACUGGCAGUACAUUUGUCCAGCCCGAUGCUCCUGCUAUCUAAGUGUGGCGGUGGCGGUCAAGAUGAGAGGAGAGGCUUCUCCUGCGUCCUGACCAGUGAACCGAGCCGAUGUGUCAGGGCAACUCGUCUCCCACUGAAGAGUCGAGUCUAUUUACUCCUCCUUAAUGGUAGGAGCUGCAGUCGUGUUAAAAUCCGAUGCAGAGUUCACUGUGUUAUCCAACCUCUGUUUUCAGGCUGAGGAUUUACUGUACAGGAAGUGGUUCAUAUCAGUGCUGGACCCACAUCUCAUGGAAACUUCUCCUUGAUCAAAUUGUGUUCAAGUGUUUUUGCCUUAUUUACAGUUGCAUCAGGCUGUGCUGUGGGCUUUGGCGUAGACGAGCAGCUCGACGGCUGCCCCCCUUUAGCCGACUGGCCUCAUGUGCCCAGAAUAUACGGGAACGCUGACUGGUGGAAGUGGCAUUUGUUUUGCGAGGAAGAGGUUGUGUGUGUGUGUGUGUGUGUGUGUGUCCAGCUAAUGAGUGAGUGGCAGCAGCUCAGGGAACAGAGCAGGUGGUUUUAGUCGUGUGUUGGCGUGCACGUGGUCAGGAGGUUGUAUUUACUCGUCUGUCUUUCUUUCGUGUGUACACACUGGCGAGGACCAGUGACAUUUUAGCGUGGCUUGAGCCAAAGAUCUUCUUCUUCAUCUCUCUUUGACAACACGGUUUCACUCUCACUUCUUGCAAGAUUAUAGAACUCAUUUUGACGCAUGUGCUGUCCAGCUUGUUAUCUAUCUAUGGUAUGGACUUUACUCCAUAUAUAUCUUUACUUGACAAUGCUGUUAUACUAGUUAACAAAUAACGUCCUUCAUAUACAGAAUGCGUAGUACAGCUACUUGCUUUAGGAUCGGUAAGGUUCGUUUCAGGCAUCAUACGACCUGAGACGUGUCAGAAAUAUUAUCGCAAAAUUGACACCACCUAUAUCAUUCUUUCUCCUUUGGGUGCUCUCCUACUGUGAUUAAAGCACAACUGGAUAGCAUGUGAUACAUUCUCAAAGCAUGGACCCUCCUCACCCAGCCUACAGUACCUACGGGUCGAGUAAGGUGAUGCUACUCCGCUUACUAACACAUGUAGAUAACAAAUCUUUACUAACAGCUGAUAAACUAUUGAUUCUUAGCAGAAAAAAUUUAAAAAACAGAUGAAAGACAACUGUCAUAUUGGUGCGAAUGAGGACACGAAUGAGAUGUAGGUGCGUCUCAGUUAAAGUGGAGGGAAUAAUCGAAGUGAGCGUUACUGCGAGGGAUUUGUGCAGAUGAGGUUUACAGUCUGCUUCGUUACUCGUCCUCGGUCAUUUUUAACAGCGAAAUGAUUUAAUGUCUCUGCUGUUGAUCCUGUGUGUGU